AUGGCUGAUAAAUUAUUCUCAAUAGAAAAAGACAAAGUAAAUUUAGAGGAUCUUACUAUUAUAUGGCUUGAUAAACAUUCACAAGAUUUGAAUACAAAAACACGUUUACGUUGUAUUAUUAAUUUUCUUAAAAUAUUCACUGAUCGACACGUUUGCCUUGAAUAUAUUCAAUCAAUACCAAAUGAAUGGAUUUUUAUUAUUGUAUCUGGUGAACUAAGUUUUGAAUUUAUUCCACUUAUUCAAAAUCUUCCACAAGUUUUACAUAUUUAUAUUUUUUGUCAAUAUCCAGAAAGAUAUUCUUCAUUAAAAUCAAGUGGAAUAUUUAAUAAUCAAGAGUUCUUAUAUAGUCAACUAUCGAAAGAUGUGAAUUAUUUCUAUGCAACUCAUUCAAUGUCAACUUCUUUUCUGCCAGAAAAAAGUUUACGUGAUUUAACUAAAGAUACGGGUGCAUUUUUUUGGUUUCGAUUAUUUAUUACUGCUUUAAUUAAUAUGCCAUCAUCUAAUAAAGCUAAACAAGAUCUUCUUCAUUUCGCUCGAGUAUACUAUACUGAUAAUGAUCUUGAAUUACAACGUAUAAAUAAUUUUGAUACAACAUAUAAACCAUCAGAAGCAUUAAAAUGGUAUUCGAGUGAUUCAUUUGUCUAUCGAUUAUUGAAUAAAGCAAUUCGUACAGAAAAUAUUGAUCUUCUUUUUGCAUGUCGAUUUUUCAUUACUGAUUUACAUCAUCAACUUGAAUCAUUACACAAACCAUAUGUAGAACGUAUUUGUUCUUAUGAUCUUAGCGAACUUUUAGUAUAUCGUGGACAACAAAUGACUUCGGAUGAUUUUAAUAAAUUAAAAGCUAAUAUUGGCGAAUUAAUCUCAAUCAAUUCAUUUCUAUCAACAAGUCUUGAUCGACAAGUGGCUUUAAUAUAUGCAGGUGAUAAGAGAAUACAUCCGACUAUGGAAUCUGUACUUUUUAAAAUUAAAAUUAAUAUUAACGAGAAUUCAGAAACACAUCAACAUCCAUUUGCUUCGAUUUCAGAAUUUAGCCGUUUCGAAGAUGAGCAAGAAGUGCUGUUUUCAUUGUCAUCAAUGUUUCGUAUUGAAAGUAUUGAUGAACAAUUGUGA